UCCAUUGGGAGGAAGGGGAAGGGGAAGGCGUGGGGGGAGAGGCCGAAGAGUCCCGAGGCUUUGGCCCGCGCCUCCCUCCUUCCCUCCCUCCCUCCCUUGCUCGCUCGCUCGCUCGCCUGCCAAGCGUUGGAUUUCAUUGUUCGGGGCUGAUGUCACUCCCAGUUGUCACAGACGCCUCUCCCGGUGACAAUGUGGGACUAGGAGGCACAAAGGAGCCCUCCGGACAGAGCCCCAAGAUUUGGCGACUUCAACACCUUCUACACUCGGGGUGUCGGUUUUCUUAGAAGCAGAUCCAUGCAUUCCUACAUCAUGGCAUCACCAGACAGGAUGAGCAGCUCAGAUAAUGGACUAGAAGAGACAGAGCUCAGCAUCACCCUCACUCUCCGAAUGCUCAUGCAUGGCAAGGAAGUUGGCAGCAUCAUUGGCAAGAAAGGAGAGACUGUAAAGAGAAUACGAGAACAGAGUACAGCCCGGAUCACCAUUUCAGAGGGAUCUUGCCCAGAGCGGAUCACCACUAUUACGGGAUCCACUGAUGCAGUUUUCAGAGCAGUUUCCAUGAUUGCUUUCAAGCUAGAAGAGGACUUAGGAACUGGAGCAAUCAAUGGCGGAACUGUCUCCAAGCCACCUGUCACACUACGGCUAGUCAUCCCAGCCAGUCAGUGCGGCUCACUCAUUGGCAAAGCAGGAGCUAAAAUAAAGGAGAUUCGAGAGACUACAGGAGCGCAAGUUCAAGUAGCUGGAGACCUCCUUCCCAACUCCACAGAGAGGGCUGUGACUGUGUCUGGAGUGCCAGAUGCCAUCAUCCAGUGUGUGCGACAGAUUUGCGCUGUUAUCCUAGAGUCACCACCAAAAGGCGCCACUAUUCCCUACCAUCCCAACCUCUCCUUGGGACCAGUUCUCCUUUCAGCCAAUCAGGGAUUUUCUAUGCAAGGACAAUACGGCGGAAUAUCUCAAGCAGAGGUGGCAAAGUUGCAGCAGCUUUCAGGACACCCUGUCUCGUUUUCUUCCUUGGGACAAACUCCAUCAAUAGUAGCAGGCCUGGAUACAAACUCUCAGAAUAGCUCCCAGGAGUUUCUAGUACCCAACGAUCUCAUUGGCUGCAUCAUUGGCCGCCAGGGCAGCAAGAUCAGUGAGAUCCGGCAGAUGUCAGGAGCACACAUCAAGAUUGGGAACCAGACUGAGGGCUCCGCUGAGCGCCAUGUGACUAUCACAGGCACUCCAGUCAGCAUCACUUUGGCUCAGUACCUCAUCUCAGCCUGGCAAUAUCAGUGCGUGGCCAAGAUGACAAAAACUAUGAAUGAUGAACACACAAACGAAGGCUGCAUCUACAUGAAAACAACAACAUACACAUCUGGUGCUGCUGUCUUCAUGAUGCAUGAGAUCUCUGCAAUCCUUUCAACUCUUCUGAGGUUUUGCUCUUUCUUCUUGAAUUCAGACCCACUUCCUCCCAGAAGAUCCCAAGAAAAAGGAACUCACCCAAGAGAAGUGCACUGGGAAGUUCUUGGGUGGACCGCAGCAGCCCUGGCUUUUGCUUCCUUCUGUUCAGCGAGUUCUUCAUAACUGGUUGGUGAGGACAGUGGGCACUUAGCCUGUGCUUUUUGUCCUGUCCUGGCAAUGGAUUCAAGAUAGCCACAUCAGGUCUCCAUUCUCCCCAGUAUCCUUUCUCUCCCUUCAAGAGCAGGCUGGGUGUCCUGUACCAGGAAGCAAGGACUAUUGUCCUAUUUACAAUGAUCUGCUUUGUUUGUGGAGUCAAUGUCCUUCUCCACUCAGGGGGGUGGGGUGGGGAAGAGAGCCUCCGGCUGAUGCUCCGUGGAGGGGAAAGAUGCUGGGAGGAUGCUCACAAUCCCCAGGAAGGCGUUGCCUCCUCCUCUUCCUCCUCUGAAAGUCACUGUUAAAUAGAUUUUCCACACCUGGAAUAAGGCGGCAAGUCAACGUCUCCUGCUGCUUCUUCAGCGCGUGGAUGCUGACACAGGCUGUCACAUCUGGGCUCUGCCUGGCCUUUUAAAGCACAGUCUGUCACUCACAGGGAGAAUUCUGCUGGGUCCUAAGCACCACCCACAUAGCAUAGGAUGCUGUGACCCCAGCUGGGUCACACUCUGGAAUCAGGUAAGGCAACAGCAAUGGUUUCGAAGCGGCAUCAGAGGCAUUCCCCAUUCUUCUAGGGAGAUAACGGAGCCUGGUUGUUUCCAUUGAGAUGCAUCCAGCCUUAACUGAAAGGGGGAAAGAGAAAAGAAAAGGAAGACAUCUGAUUUCUUCCCCCAUUCUAUGGUGAAAGCUGAAUAGAAAAGCUCCCUAGGAGCUUGAAAGGCCUGUCUUACGAAAUUGUAUUCAGGGGUUCUGUCCAGCGAAUUUUUAAGAAGGCUAGCUAGUUUUUAUAGUAUUACAAUAAAGUAUUAGUAUGUGUAAUAGACUUUUACUUUUUGGGAGGAGAGCAAUGACCAAUAUCAAUAAAAUAAUGAAGAGUGGAGACAUCGCACUGGUGACGAAGGUCCGCAUAGUUAAAGCAAUGGCAUUCCCUGUAGUAACCUAUGGAUGUGAGAGCUGGACCACAAGGAAGGCUGAGUGAAGGAAGAUAGACACUUUUGAACUGUGGUGUUGGAGGGAAAUCCUGAGAGUGCCUUGGACCGCAAGAAGAUCCAACCAGUCCAUCCUCCAGAAAAUAAUGCCCGGCUGCUCACUGGAGGGAAGGAUAUUAGAGGCAAAGAUGAAGUACUUUGGCCACAUAAUGAGAAGACAGGAAAGCUUGGAGAAGAUCAUGACGCUGGGGGAAAUGGAAGGAAAAAGGAAGAGAGACUGACCAAGGGCAAGAUGGAUGGAUGGUAUCCUUGAAAUGACCAGCUUGACCUUGAAGGAGCUGGGGGGUAGCAGCAGGCAACAGGGAGCUCUGACGUGGGCUGGUCCAUGAGGUCACAAAGAGUCUGAAGUGACUGAACGAAUAUAUUUUUUUACAUUUAUAUCCCAUCCUUCUCACCUUAGGGGGGACUAAACAACAACAACAACAUGUGUGCGUUUUUCCCAUUUUGCUCUUUACCAGCACUAAGAUAUGAAUUUGAUUACACGUACCAUCUCAUUUCCGUGCUUUAACUUUGCAUUAAAUGUACUUAUCAUCAUUUUGUAUUUUCUUUCUCCCUCUCUCUCUUAUUAAGCAUUUUCAAAAACAAUAAGAGAUUAAAUGAUAUAAACUGAAAGACAUCAAGAAGGAAGAAAAUCAGUGAAAGCAAAAAUAAUAAAGAAAGGAGUUUCUUACUACUUUUUAAAUAUUCUUAAUAGUAAGAAGGGAGCCCCGGUGGCAAAGUGUGUUAAAGCACUGAGCUGCUGAACUUGCAGACCAAAAGGUCCCAGGUUCAAAUCCCAGGAGCGGAAUGAGCGCCUGCUGUUAGCCCCACCUCCUGCCAACUUAGCAGUUCGAAAACAUGCCAAUGUGAGUAGAUCAAUAGGUACCGCUCCGGUGGGAAGGUAACGGUGCUCCAUGCAGUCAUGCCAGCCACAUGACCUUGGAGCUGUCUACGAACAACGCUGGCUCUUCAGCUUAGAAAUUGAGAUGAGCACCAACCCCCAGAGUCAGACAUGACUGGACUUAACGUCAGGGGAAAACCUUUACCUAAUAGUAAGAAAGGAAAGGAAAACAAGGAGAAAGAAAAACAAUAAGGAUAAGUAUAAAAAAGAAUAGUAAGAAGGAAAUUUACAUUUGACCUCCAACUUUUUUAACAAUGUUGGAAACAUAUCCAGUUAUUUAUCAUGCUGGAAAUAGCAACUUUCUACAAGCCUCCUGUACUAGUUAUUUGUUAUGUAUAUAAUUAAGAUUGCUUACUGUAUUGUAUAUGUGUGUAUUGGUAUACAGUUUUCCUUAACUCUAUGUUGUAGGAGGGACUGCAGACCAUGUGACCCAGAUCUGGCACUAUUCAGACCUGAGACUCCAUUUUAGAGUAGAGUCUCUAAAAUUAGACUCUCAGACAGUAUAGACUCCAUUAGUGUAUAGACUCCAUUAGACUCUGAGAGAUGCUUCCAGUGGUUCUCAACCUGGGAUUCCCAGAUGUUUUUGGCCCACAGCUCCCAGAAAUCCCAGCCAGUUUACCAGCUGUUAGGAUUCUCAGAGCUGAAGGCCAAAAACAUCUGGGGACCCCAGGUUGAGAACCACUGCUUUAGAUUUAGGACUGCUGAUUCUAAGAAAGAUGCCCCGUGUUAUCUGCUCAGAGAAACUACUUCAAAUCUACUUGUAACUGGAUUGAUAAGCAAUGUACCUGUAUGCUGAAUACAUGAAGUUUGUAAGUAAAUAAACUAUGUUAUUUUUUAAUAAAGACAACUUUAUUUUGUCUCUUGAGAA